UUCCCCGGCGAUAAAUCCACCGAUGUUGUGUCGAAACGGCGUCAAUUGGCGGAAACCCAUUCCGUUGCUUUCCUCCACCGCUCCUCGCACUUCAUCAUCGAACUCUAACACCGCCAAGCUAAAGCAAUUCUCGGUCAGGUCUUCCGCGUCACCACCGAUUUGGCGGGAGAGCCGGCGGUUGGUCUCAAUAUCUCUGUUUCUCUCUCACUUCCUCCUUACACCCAACUACGCCAUUGCAGGUAGCUUUUUGGAUAAAUACGUGAAAAAGAAAAAGCUGGAUCCGCUUGAGGUUUAUGUGCCUUCUGUUAUAUUGACUCCAUUCCAGAUUAAGGACCUAGAGAAAACUUUGGAAGUUGAUGAUAAACCAGAAUAUGCAACCUGCAGAUCCCUACUACAUUCCGGUCCGGCUGCAUCUCUGCGUGUAAAUAUCCGAGCUAUCGUACAGUAUGCUUCUGAUGCUGGGAAUGGUGAAAAUGCUUUCAAAGACGUUGAUCAAUGUCUCAGAGCAUUGGAGGAACUAGACUCCUUGCUG